ACGGCACCAGGUUCGAGGAAGUGUCAGCCCCCCAAGCCUGAAAUGAAGAUGGGUCCUUCUUCAGUCUGGCCCUUAAUUGCUUUCUUGGGCAUCUCUUCAUGUGCGGCUCGGCCCAGGGGCCGUAUCCUGGGCGGCCGGGAGGCUCCCCCCCACCAGAGGCCUUACAUGGUGUCGCUGCAGGUGGAUGGAAAACAUAUCUGCGGGGGCUUACUGAUCACGGACCAGUGGGUGCUGAGCGCCGCCCAUUGCCUGGAGGAUGCGGACAAUGGGACGUUCCAGGCCCUUGUGGGGGCGCAUUCGCUCUCGGCCCCUGAACCAAACAAGCGCCUCAUCGCUGUACGUCAACUCAUUCGUCAUCCUGGCAGCAGCCGAGACACUAACUUCGAUGACCUCUUGCUUGUGCAGCUUGAAGAGCAUGUGCCCCUGGGCCCAGAUGUGCAGCUCCUGAAUUACCAGAGAGAAGACCGAGAGGUGCCGGCUGGCACCCGGUGCGAAGUGGCCGGCUGGGGCAUCACAAGCAACAGUGGGAGGCGUCCAGACAAGCUGCAUGCUGUGGAGCUGGGCAUCAUCAGCCGGACAGAGUGCAAUUUACGGAAACACCACGACGGCAGUGUGACGGAAAAAAUGAUGUGCGCUGAAUCAAGGAAGAAGGAUUCUUGCAAGGGAGAUUCUGGAGGACCUCUUGUUUGCAACGGCAUUGCGGAAGGGAUCGUGGCCACUGGCUCCCGUAUUUGUGGCAACUGGAAGAAACCCGGAAUUUAUACCCGGAUCCCUCCCUAUGUUGACUGGAUUACUGGGGUCUUGGCUUCGAGCAAUUAACCACAUGGUGAAUGAAUGAAUGAAUGAAUGAAUGAAUACUUGCUUGGGAAUCUUUCAGCAUCAAGAAUGUAAGAUACAUGACAAACUUUACGAGAUUAAACACCAUUGAGAAAAGAGCUUCCUUAAGAGAGGUCAACACAGCAACAGAAAGUAGGGGAGGGUUUCCCUUUUCCAUUUGGGCACAGAAGAAAUACGGAAGUCAGACGAAACUGGAGAACAUCCAGAAGCACAUGGUGAAAAGAAGAGACAAAAUCCCAGGGUGUAAAAAAAAAAGAGAGAGAGAGAAGAAAAGCAAAAAAAGGUUUUAUUCCUUGGAAUACCUCUGAAUGAUAUAUUUCAGCUCUGAAUGAUAUAUUUCUAGGCCUUCUUCAGGAACUAUACCAAAAGUGAUCAAUACAACACAUUGGUUUACAUUUAUACUUUAAAAAAAUAUCUUAUUAAAUGUCGUAAAGCUGCAACUCUGC